UCUAUCAAUGGCGAUGUCCCUGGUGGGAGGGACUAGCAGCAGGAUCUUCGUGUGUGGCGGCUGCGGGAGCUAUCGGCCAUCGCGAUCCCGGCGGCUGCGCGUCACAGCCGCGGCUGGCGGAGAUGCAGCGGUGAGAGUAAGAUUUGCUCCAUCGCCGACGGGAAAUCUUCACGUCGGGGGUGCAAGAACUGCGCUAUUUAACUAUCUCUUUACCAAGAAUCAUGGCGGCAAGUUUAUACUCCGGAUCGAAGACACCGACAUUGAGAGAUCGACAAAGGAAUCCGAAAAUGCGAUGCUUCAGGAUCUUGAGUGGCUUGGCUUGGAUUGGGAUGAAGGUCCUGGAAAACCCGGAGAGGUUGGUCCAUAUCGUCAAUCGGAGCGUAAUUCCAUAUACCAGAAUUAUGCACAGAAGCUCUUGGAAUCCGGCCAUGUUUAUAAGUGUUUUUGCUCCGAUGAGGAACUGGCUAGGAUGAAAGAAUUAGCCGAACUAAAGAAGCUUCCUCCACGAUACACUGGGAAGUGGGCAACCGCAAGUAAGCAAGAAGUGGACGCGGAAAUUGCAAGAGGGACACCAUACACUUACCGCUUCAGAGUUCCUCGGACUGGAUCGGUGACAAUCAAUGACCUCAUUCGUGGUGUGGUUACAUGGAAGCAUGACGUCCUUGGUGAUUUUGUGAUCCUUAGAAGCAAUGGCCAACCGGUGUACAAUUUCUGCGUCGCCAUAGAUGAUGCGUGCAUGAAAAUAACUCACGUGAUAAGGGCCGAGGAACACCUCUCCAACACGCUCCGGCAAGUUCUUAUCUACAAGGCACUAAAUCUUCCCGUGCCGAGAUUCGGUCAUGUAUCGUUGAUUCUGGCACCUGAUCGAACAAAGUUGUCAAAGCGACAUGGCGCAACAUCAGUUGGACAGUUUAGAGAAAUGGGGUACUUGCCAGAUGCCAUGGUAAACUAUUUAGCACUUCUUGGCUGGAACGAUGGGACUGAUAAGGAGAUUUUUACCAAAGACGAACUAAUGGAAAAGUUCUCGCUUGAACGGAUUACCAAGAGCGCAGCGAUUUUCGAUCAGACAAAACUCAGCUGGUUGAAUGGGAAGUAUUUGCAUCAGCUUCCGGACGAAGAACUAGUAAAGCUAAUAAGCAGCCACUGGCUGAAAGCCGGAAUUUUGUCACAUGCAGACUCCUCGUUCACUAAGGAGGCAGUGGAACUCCUUAAGGAUGGAAUUGACGUGGUCGCUCGUUCUGAAGUUCCUCUGCUCAAGCUCCUCUCCUACAAUCUCGCACAAACAUUAGAAAGCAAGUCGCUUGGAGAUCUCGUCAAGGACAACUUGAGAGAAGUUGCAGAAGCUCUCAUCUCUGCUCAUGACAAUGGCGAGCUUGCGAGCGCACUAGAGAGCGGCCGGGACGGGUGGCAGACCUGGACAAAGAGCUUCGGCAAAAAACUGAAUCGCAAGGGGAAGAGGCUUUUCAUGCCGCUGAGAAUGCUUCUAACCGGUGAGCUACACGGCAGCGAUCUCGGCAGCAGCAUGGUUCUUCUACACAAAGCAGCUCAGCAGCAGUGCGUGACUGCACCGCAGUUCACGCCUCUCAGCUCUCGAAUCUCACAGCUCAAGGAACUCGACUGGUCCAAGCUACAAGAGGAUCACCAAACAAUCGAGGCCGCGGCAGCAGCAGCAUAGAUAGGCGAGCACACUCUUGCUGGAAAGAAAAGUUUGGAGAUUUUCCACGACUCGUAAGUUAAAAUACUAUCUUUGUACAAAGAUCGUAAGAACUUUCAGAGUGAAGCGCGUGAGAAAGGCAUCCUGAAAGUUAUAUAAAUCUAUUGAGAAGUCCCUCUGAGGCAA